CCUUGGCUAAGACUUUUUCUCUCUUUACUCCAUUUGCAGCGGCUUGCUCAGCUAAUUACGGCGAAUGUCAAACUCUGCAGACAGCGGUUACCUUUCAGACAAGGACUUGGCUCCGCCCAAAGCUGUGUCCCGACCAGCUUCGACAAUGUCAUUGCUUUCCGGCCAUGCUCAAUCCUUUGUCACAGCCAUGAUACAAUUCAUCUUCAAAAAUAAUAAUCUUCCGUUAUUGUUAAACCUUUUACAUCACUCUAUGGCUGCGAGAUACUUGUUGACCUCACCUUAUUCUUUGUUGCGAAGAUAUACUCAACAAUCACAUCAGACGGUCGUGGCCCCCGUAGCUACCGAUAUGCUACGUUCAUUGGGUGGUCUACACAUGUCGCUUGCCGGUCUCAGCUUAUUAUCAUUGAUAUAUCGCGAAUUGAAGAUUGAGCAAAUGUCGUUGACCGUCCUAUCCAUUGCAAACAUCACUCAGCUAUGGGUUCACUCAAUGGCCUACUGGAGAGCCUCUGGUCGAUGGAACAUUCGUGCUCUCAGAGAAAUAGGAUUGCUGGAGAUGGUUGCGUCGGCUGUUAGCAUCAUUGCCUAUGCUAAAAGUGCCGCCAAAUCAAGAAAACUGAUAUAAUGUAUCAUUAUAAACACCUCAUAUCAUGUCCUGUACUGUAAAUUAAUACUUUAUCAAACAAUAUAACAUAAAAUUGGAUAUUGUACCAUGUAGUUCUCACGUCUCUAAGGUGUAAAGAAACAGCA